AACUAAACUAAUUAAGGGCUCCAUUGUUGGCUUAAACAAACUAGAAAGUACAAACGUGAGAAAAGUGUCUGCUUUAACAUUUGCACAGAAGCAGUGUUGUCUGUGGAGGGCGGCAUGACGGCUUUCGGUGUACUGCCUGCCAGACAUUGAUUAGAUGAAGAAGAGGAGUCGGUGCUUAUCGGGUGGGGUAUACCGAGCAGAGCUGUCACUCCUGCCCGCUGUGGUCGGUUCAGGCUACGGUCACACAUACGCGAAAUAAACACCGGCGAAUUUUGAAUUGAGCUUUGGUGAACUUUGAGCGACUUCCCGCCUGUUUUUGCGUAUGUGUGACCGUAGCCACCGUGAUUUGAUAAAUGAGGCAGCUGUUCCAUUUCCUGUUCAGACCCGCCUCGCCUCGCCUGAAGUGGGAGUGACCGUGCCCUCCGGUCCGGACUGAAAUGCCGUGCGACUUCACCGGGACCCUAUCCCAGGGCUACAGAGGGAACAAGCAGAGAACUCUGAGGCCAUGAGGAUAACUUAUGCCUGGAGAUUGGUGAAGUUACUCGCCGUUUCAGCCGUGUUAGUCCUCUCUGCUCAUAUAGUGAGCAGAGUAGCACUGGGUAAACAUUCAACGCCGAGUCCUGUUCCUGUUGAGGAGUACAGGGUCCUAUCUCCUCAAACAUACCGCUACAUUCUCAACCAGCCCGCUGUGUGCGAGAACAGAAGCCCCUUCCUGCUGUUUAUGGUCCCUGUUGCUCCUCAGGAGGCUGCAGCAAGGGAGGCCGUGAGGAAAACAUGGGGGGCUCCUAGUCAGGACACCCUUACUCUGUUCUACGUGGGGGUCCCUGGGGGGGGGCAGGUAGUGUCCAGCAUCCAGGCUCAGCUGGAGGAGGAGAGCGUGAAACAUGCAGACAUCAUCCAGGUGAACUUCCAGGACAGCUACCAGAACCUGACUAUCAAAACCAUGAUGAUGAUGAACUGGCUGGCCACCCACUGUCCAAACACCGCCUAUGCCAUGAAGGUGGACGCUGACAUCUUUGUGAACGUUUUCUACGUCAUCAGACGCCUGAGGGGCUCCCCCAGGCAGGGCUUCAUCACAGGGUCAGUGAUACGUGACGGCACUCCGAGGAGGGACAGCAACAGCAAGUGGCACGUGUCAGAGGAGCUGUACCCCGAGGACAGCUUCCCCUGGUAUGUGUCUGGAGCUGGGUAUGUCUUUUCUGCAGACUUGGCUGCCAGGAUCUCCUGGGCGUCCAGGUUUGUCCGGAUGAUCCCCCUGGAGGAUGUCUAUGUAGGGUUGUGCUUGCGAGUGCUGGGCGUCCGGCCAGCGUACUCCCUCAGCCUGCUGACCUUCAGGAACCUGUUCGAAUUAAGAAAGCUGGACUACGACAGGUGCACUUUUGCCAAACUGGUCAUUGUCAACCAGUUCAAGCCUUCAGAGCUCCUGCGUGUUUGGCCAGACUUUUCCAAAGGCCAUACAAGCUGCUGACAGCAUUACCAAGGUUCUCAGUAAUGAUACAAGUAGCCUGCUGUAAAGGAAGAAAAGCCAUUAAACACACCCCACAGGGAAGGGGGUGUUCAGGUUAAAGGCUGGUUUAAUUGGCCACCUGUACAUUUUCUGUAUAGGUUAAUACAGGUUAGCUUUACCUCUCAGAGCCAUUCAAUUAAAAUGACAUUAAACUCGUAUGACACGCAUGCAGCAUGUUCCACGGUCCUGUGAGGAGGCCUGGAAAAACUGCAGGAAUGUGAGUAUAGCAGCUUUUCAACAUUCCGAAUGUCAGAAUGAAACACAUCCCAACAAUUAAGAAACUGAAACUAAAUAAUAUUUGGUUAUUAAAAGAAAUGACAAUAUAUUCAUUUUAUAAUCAGGGAAUUUAACAGUUUUAGAUGUUAAAGAAUGUAGCUCUGACAUAAUUAAUGGACUUUCAAUGAGUCAGCUGUUGUCAGUUGUCAAUUGUUUACAUCAUUUAAGUUAAAAAUCUGAUGAAAACAUGCUGAAAAGCCAAAGAUAUUCAGGUUUCAAUCACAUCAGUGAUAUCAAAGACCAUCUGUGUUUGAAUUUAUAUUUUGUGCGCCUCUGAAACACUGUGUAAUGUAGAAAUGUUUACAUACAUUACUUACACAAGACCAAAAAAUGCAACAAAUCACCACAGUUGUAGAUUAUUUUUCUGUUGUUGAUGGAUCCAUUGUAUCAGCUCUAAUAGAUAAUCAAAGUAUCAGUUAGCUGCAGCCUUAAAAGAAUGUACCGCGUCUGUCAUGAGCUGUUUGCAUUACAGCCUACACUUCUAAAGAGCUAAUAUAUUUACUGCAAGCAGCUUUAACUUCUUUAUCCAAAGUGCUGGAAAACUCAUAUCAUAUACUUUUGCUGCUGUUGGUCUGUCCUGUACGUGGCUAUGUGACAUAAUGUGUUUGUCUGUUUAAAUAAUCCAUUUAAUUGCCAUUGUAUUUAUUCUUCAGUUAGAUAUAGAGAAAAUAUCUCUGUGCUACAUUGCAUUGCUACUAUAUACUAUAUAAAGAGCUUCAUAUAAUAUGGAAUUCUGUAAUAACCUGCAGCAUAUGUCUCAGGUUAGUGUGCCUAUUUAUGUGUGUUGUAGUUUCACAUGAGGGCCAACAGGUGUCAGUGUGUGCUCAUGAUGUGUAAAUCACUUCAACGGUUCAGUUUUAUAAUUCUGUUUGUUGACUCAGUGCCUAGAGACAGUGAUCAUUCUUUUUCUGUCACUCAGAGAGCAGUGUGACACUGUUAACUGUGAUACACUGUACACCACAAUACCUCAGAGAUUUAUAAUGUACUUCAGCAUUGGAUAUUAACACUGCAUAUUAAUGAGAAAAAUAAAGAUACUGCAUGCAG